AUGUAUGAUGGGACAGAUUCACCUUAUAUGAGGCUGUCAUCGGAAUGUGGAAACACCAAGGACUCCGAGCAGUGGAGAGAACAUUGGGAGGAAAAGCAGGAGAGGAGACGGCGGAUCAAGCCACGCUCGGUCAGUAAGGAGAAGUGGGUGGAGACCCUGGUUGUGGCUGACACCAAGAUGGUGGAGUACCACGGCAGCGAGAACGUGGAGAAGUACGUCCUGACAGUCAUGAACAUGGUGGCCGGUUUAUUCCACGAUGCCAGCAUUGGGAACCCGGUCCACAUUUCCAUCGUGCGUCUCAUCUUUCUGGAAGAGGAGGAGGAGGACCUGAAAAUCAGCCACCAUGCCGACAAUACCUUGAGAAGUUUUUGCAAGUGGCAGAAGGCCCUCAACCCCAAGGGGGAUGCUCACCCCUUACACCAUGAUGUCGCCAUCUUGCUCACCAGGAAAGAUCUCUGCACUGCCAUGAACCAUCCGUGUGAGACGCUGGGCCUGGCCCACGUCUCUGGCAUGUGCCAGCCACACCGGAGCUGCAACGUGAAUGAGGACACGGGUCUUCCACUGGCCUUCACCGUGGCCCAUGAACUGGGGCACAGUUUUGGGAUUCAGCACGACGGCAGCGGCAAUGACUGUGAGCCAGUUGGGAAAAGGCCUUUCAUCAUGUCUCCGCAGCUCCUGUACGACACUUCGCCCCUCACCUGGUCUGUCUGCAGCAGGGAAUACAUCACACGCUUCCUUGACCGGGGCUGGGGGCUUUGCCUGGAUGAUCCCCCAGCCAAGGAUGUGAUCAACUUCCCCUCGGUUCCACCGGGAGUCCUCUACGACGUCAGCCACCAGUGCCGACUCCAGUAUGGCGCCUACUCCACCUACUGCGAUGACAUGGAUAGUGUCUGCAACACCCUCUGGUGCUCUGUGGGGAACACCUGUCAUUCCAAGCUGGACGCAGCUGUCGAUGGCACCAAGUGUGAGGAGAACAAGUGGUGCUUCAACGGAGAGUGUGUGAGCAUUGGGUACCGCCCAGAGCCCGUCCAUGGAGGCUGGGCAGCCUGGAGCCCCUGGACCGGCUGCUCCCGGACUUGUGGGGCUGGAAUGCAGAACGCAGAGCGGCCGUGCAACAAUCCUGCCCCCAAGUAUGGCGGAAAAUACUGCCUGGGAGAACGGAAACGCUUCAGGGUCUGCAAUGCACAGCCGUGUCCGGCCGACAAGCCCUCUUUUCGGCAGAUCCAGUGCAGCCGUUUUGACCACCGGCCCUACAAAGGGAAGCUUUACAAGUGGAGCCCAGUCCCCAAUACCAGCAACCCUUGCGAACUGCACUGUCGGCCCAACAACGAGUACUUUGCUGAAAAGCUUCACGACGCUGCCAUUGAUGGCACCCCGUGCUACGAAGGGAACGGCAGGCGGGACAGGUGCAUUAACGGGAUCUGUAAGAACGUUGGUUGCGACUAUGAAAUUGACUCCUACGCUGUGGAGGACCGGUGUGGUGUGUGCCACGGGGAUGGAUCCACCUGCCGGACAGUGAAGAAGACCUUUGAGGAGAGCGAGGGGCUGGGUUACGUCGAUGUUGGCCUGAUCCCGGCCGGAGCACGUGAGAUCCAGAUCGAGGAGGUGGCCGAAGCAGAGAACUUCCUGGCUUUGAGAAGCGAAGACCCCAAGAAAUACUUUCUGAACGGGGGCUGGACCAUCCAGUGGAAUGGGGACUACAAGGUGGCUGGGACCACCUUCACCUACAAGAGAAUGGGGAAUUGGGAAAACCUGACCUCUCCUGGGCCCACAGAAGAACCGGUUUGGAUUCAGCUCCUGUUUCAAGAGAGGAACCCAGGGGUCCGCUAUCAGUACACCAUCCAGCAGGAGACCCAGAAUCAGAGUUCGGUUGCUCCCCCCGAGUUCUUCUGGCACUAUGGACCCUGGACAAAAUGCACAGCUACCUGUGGGACAGGGGUCCAGAGACAGAUGGUGCGUUGCCUUGAGAAAGCCGCUGGGUUUGUGGAGGAGCAGCACUGCGAUGCUCUCAGCCGGCCUGACGACAAGCGAAGGAAUUGCAACAAGGAGCCCUGUCCAGCCAGGUGGUGGGCUGGUGAGUGGCAGGCAUGUUCGGCCACUUGUGGUGACUCUGGACUGAUGAAAAGGACUGUCCUCUGUAUUCAGAGUGUGGCCUUGGACGAACAGCAGGCUCUUCCACCUGACAAGUGCCAACAUCUCACCAAGCCAGAGGCCACAGCUGCUUGCAACCGCGAGGUCCUCUGCUUGGCACCGUGGGCCACAGGCAACUGGUCAAAGUGCUCGGUGACCUGUGGGAAAGGAACUCAGAGGCGCCCCGUCUUCUGCCCCACUGGCCCCAGAGCCAAGUGUGAUCCAGCAGGAAGACCAGCCUCCGAGGUCGACUGCUGGGCCUCGCCCUGUUGGAGCAGGAUGGAGAACGGUGUUCCCGAUUGGUCUGGGAGCGGCUCCUCCAUCAACUUCAAUGAAAUUGAUUUCAUCCCCAAUUAUCAUGUCCCCAAAUUUGGUCCUUCGGCUCCCAAAUCUGAAAACGUUAUUACAGAGGAAGUUCUGCCCCCCAACAACCAUAAGAAGGGAAACGUGUUUGUGGAUGACUUUUAUUAUGACUAUAAUUUUAUCAAUUUUCAUGAGGAUUUGGCUUAUGAACUGGUGGAGGAGGAAAAGGACAGUAAAAGGGACGACUUGGAGCCCAACUUUGGGGUCAAGAUUUCUUACAAGGUGGAGGCGGAUCCCCAAGAAACCCUUCCUGGUCUUCCUCCCACCACAGACCUGAAAGUCAAAUUGGCUGAUCAAGGCUCCACGCCUCCUACCGUUGGGCAGGAAUAUGAGAAGGACCAUGAUAAUGUUCAGGACAGCAGCACAACUGGCACCUUGCAGGAUUCCUUCGUUACCAGAGUUGUCACCAGCUCUCCUGCUUCCGUUCAGCCAUCACUUUCGGAAGAUCAUACUUCCACUUCAACAGUGAAGCCUCCUCCUUUGGGGAGCAACCACCACGUAUUCGGUGGUGCUACUCAAGAACCUCCUUCUACGAAUACUUCUUUGAAAGCCAGCACCUCAAGACCUGAUUCCUCCAUCAGCUCUCCUUACUUGGAUGUACUUGCUCCAACAAUGUCUUCUGCCGAGGACGGUGAUCGCAGAAAUGAAUUUGGGACUCCAAGCAACACAGAAACUCCUGGUGGGAGGAUGCAGGACCUCAAGAUUCCUGAACUGAGUGAUAGCGGCGAUCAUGGUUUGUGGGAAGUGGUGGAAGAAACCAGCAGAGAGCAGAGCAACGGAGACGGAGCCACGGUCAAGGGCGAAGGUAACAUGGAUGCUGCUUAUACAGCGAAAGAAAAUCUGGUAAAUACAUUUGCCAGAACGACUGCAAGAAUCACCGGGACACCCCACCACCUCGCCCACCGUCUCUCCGCUUCGGCUGAAGCCUCCUGGGCUGUCUCUGUUCCAGAUGCAGACGCGAGCAGCAUCUCAGGACGGGACCGUCUCAAGGAGGCCCCCUGGCUCACCGUGGAGCUUUCACCAGGGGCGUCUCCCUCCACUUCUGCAUACCAGUUGCCCGGAUCCAGCAGAAAGACCCAGAGGCUCCACCAUCCGGUCACUCUGACGCCACAGAUACCAACUGAAUCAAACUCUUUGGAUCGGAGGAUCCCCACCUCUUCUCCUUCUGCAUUGCUUCCUUCACACCAGGAGCAAUCCAAUACGAUUGAGGCAGACCUGGAGACUAAGCCGCUACCUUCCCCUGAGGACCGGGAGUUCUCCAGGGAGAGAAGCGAAAGUCCACCUCCCCGCGUGCCAACUGCCAGGAGUAAAGGAGGUGCUGGGCCUGAGGUCCAAUUUCAGGAACCGGAAGAGAAGAUGGCGCCUUCUGUAGCUCCUCCUGCUGCUCUCAAUGCCAGCUGGGAAGCUGGAAACUGGAGUGAGUGCUCUACGACCUGUGGCCUUGGCGCUGUUUGGAGGGUUGUGCACUGCAGCACCGGAAAUGAGAACGACUGUGACCUGACUAGAAAGCCAGCUCCUGCCCGGCGCUGUUACCUGAGGCCCUGUUCCAAGUGGCACGUGGGAAAAUGGAGUAAGUGCUCCAGGACCUGUGGAGGAGGUGUGAAGGUUCGGGGCAUCCACUGCAUUGACACACGGGGCCAGCGGCCCCUGCGACCCUUUCAUUGCCAGGCUGCUUCCCACAAGCCUCCCACACAGUUGCCGUGCCACACCAAGCCUUGUCUGAGCUGGUACACCUCCACCUGGAGAGAGUGCUCUGAGCUGUGUGGAGGAGGCGAGCAAGAGCGCCUGGUGACGUGUCCUGGAAUGGGGAGGUGUGACCCAGCACUCCGGCCAAACAGCACGAGACCGUGCAACACCCAGCCCUGCACCAAGUGGAGAGUGGGAUCUUGGGGGCAGUGCACGGCCACGUGUGGCGAGGGCAUCCAGAGGAGGCAGGUGAAGUGCCUGAACACCAACACCGGACAGGCAGAAGAAGACAGUAGCUUGUGUGAGCACGAACCCUGGCCGGAGAAGACCCAGAGGUGCAAUGCCCAGGACUGUUCUGCCAGCGAAGCAAGCUUCGUCUGUGAGCGUGACCGCCUCUCCUUUGGCUUCUGCCAGACCCUGCUGUGGCUGGGAAGAUGCCACCUCCCCGCAGUCCGUGUCCAGUGCUGCCAGACCUGCCACCCACAUGGCCUGCUCCAUCGGGACCGGGGUGACGAGCGCUCCUCCCGGAAGUGAACGCCUCCGUGUGCCCAGGAACCUGGCGGGCGAGAGCUGCACCCACUUCAGCCGGCCAGCUUUUCUGCCCUCUCGGAAACCAACCCAUGUUUUCUGCCUGGCGUGGCGCUCAGUCCUGUGGCUGAGCUGUGCUCCAGGCAGCCGAACAGCAGCCUUGUGGCCUCAGCCCAGGAAGGAGCCGGCGGGGGCCAAUGCAACCCGGCCUCAGGAAAGCGGCUUCCGGAAGCCACCUCAGAAAUCUCUCUGGUCUACAGUUGGUCCUAGUCACUCAGUGUUGGCAGGCCAGCACAAAACUCCUGAGGAGUGAUUUAAAAAGAAUAAUAAAGCCAACUAUUUUUAUAUUUUAUGGAAAUGGGCCUGUGGCAUUCCACAGAACGUAAUUUGAUCAGUUGGUUGUGUUAUAACUACAAAGAUUUUUCUUGCUACAGGUGUGAGGAGCUUCAGACAGUGAAGUUAAAUGUCCUGGUGCUGACUGUGCACGCUUGCACACACACACACACACACACACGUGGUGCUACUGCUCUUGAGACGGCCAGGUGCUUCUACUCCGCCCAGCUUUGGGUGGGUUAAUAGCUCCUCCAGCAGGGCUGGCAGUCCUGUGCCAACCCUGCCCUGCCCUCUGGUGCCACCUGAGACUUACAAGCCAAAAGGAUGCGUGUAGCUGGUGCAGGACAGAGGCCAACCUGCCUAAGAUUGCCCAGGUGAGGGACUCGAUGGAAACCUGUCUGACUAUACAACUGUUCUGCCUCCUUUCAUCGCCCAACCAGGUCUUCCAGAAGCUUCCUUCUCUUUCUUUGUGAACGAAGGACACUUGAUAUCAGAUCUACAUUUUCUCCAUUUCUAACUUACGUUGUUAGUCACACUGGCAAAAAUACGUCCGACUCAAGAUUGUGGCUUGGCUUUCUUCCUUGCCCCUUGAAAUUGGAGAAAUGGUGCAGAAGUCCCCCCAAAAGUCUACCCAUCUAAACUUUGUGUAAUCUUCAGGUAACAUCAAAGAUCACCCCGUUUUAACGGAAGGAUGGCAUGGGCUUGGCUUAUUUGUCUGCCUGGGGAGAGGGUUGUGCUUCCUUUGGGUCAAUCUUGACUCCUGGUGGCUCCGUGGACAGGGCCGUGCAGUGUUGGUAGCAGGCUGUGGAAGCAAUUUGCCCUUGUUUCUUCUGAGGUGUGUUUUGACCCCCUAUCUAGGCUAAGAGAGGGGGACCGGCCUCUAAUCACCCGGCUGCCUUUGGGGGCCCAGACAGGGCUAGAACCCAUGGCCUCCAGGCCUUCACCACGAGACCGAACGGGAGCUCAGCCGUUCAGUGGACUUAGCCAAGUUUUAAGACCAAUUUGUCCCCUUCAGAAUACCAAAUGUCAUCCUCAUUCCAAGAUGAAGUUUCCCAAUCAACCUAUCAGAAAAACUGAACAUUGUUUGAGAGAAAAGUGUUCUAAUACCUUUCUAAAAUUGUAAUGGCUAUAGCUCUCAAGUGUGUUAAACUGCAAUGGUAAAGUUACAUCUAAUUCU